AAUUUUCAAUCAAGUCAAAAUCACCGAAACCAAAAUCACGGAACCUGGAUGAACGAUAGAACCCAGUCUCGCCUUCGAGUUCUCGCCUUCAAUGGAAUAUAAUAUCCGUCGACUUCGCGCCAGGACGUAGGAAGUCGUCGGGAGGCCCCGUCCCAACUUUUCCGGCUGGCGAGUGCCAGAAAAGACUCUACCAAAGGAGGUGGACAGCUAGAAAACGUCAUCGAGAUGUCGUAACCGUCCCUGAAGAAUAUCUCCAGGUGUCACCACGAGAUAAAUGAGAAUUAUUGACUUAUUAUAUAAACAACGGAUUGCCUAAACUGACCGCACCGACAACGCGGAAUUAAACGUGUCGCUUCACCAGCGACAAAAGCGCCGUCGAGUGAUCCGAACGUUUCGACAACGCGGAUAGCGCAUGAAUUAUUUAUCGAAUCGCCGUGGCGGAAUAACAAAAGAGCCGCAACAACAAGUAAUUUGUUGAACGGCCUAUGCCGGAGGUGAAAUUAACGUGCAGCGGCGGAAGCGAAACACGCGUGCGGCGAAUCGCAGGGACGUGGAACAAAUGCGCCGGAGUUGUCGCCAACUGCGGAACCAAUCGUAAAUCGACUAUCCAGGAUUCCUCGGAAGGACUAGUCGACGUCAACUCGAGCUUCCAAAAUUGGUGUCCUUGAGAAGCUUCCCUUUGCCAAAGGAAUCCCGGCGCCGCGGAGCCUUUCAGGAAUCUACGUGUGGUAUACACAUUCCUGAAAGGUUGGGGUAGGUCGCUAGGCAAACUGGGAGCGGAAGAGGGAAGUAGGACCGCCAUUGAAGAGGACCAAAAGUGAUAAAAAGAAAAAGGGGAUAAAAUGCUGGCGUUGAUAUUCCGCGGGGUCUUUAUUCUAGGCGUGCUCUCCUGGUACAGCACCACGGUGUGGAAGAUAAUCGACGGCUACUUCAAGGACCAGUUCCAGAAGUACCUCCAGGACGAGUACCAGAAGAACCCGAAGAUGAGGGAGGACGUCGAGUCCUACGCGUCAGCUGGUAAAGAGGGUCCCGUCUCCACAACACCUCCGACUGCGACCACGGAGGAGCCGACUCGGCACAUCCUGGACGCUCUCGACGAGGACACUUGUCCGGUCAAUGCUGCAGAGUCCUGCAAGGAAAUUGGAAUUCCGAAGAGCGACUCAGCCAGUGGUAACGAACUCGAGGAAGAUGCCGUUCCUAAUGAAAAAGGCGCUACCUCGCAGAGUUCGGCGAGUUCGACCCUGAAGAAGGAGGAAGGUCCUGAAGGGAACCCUGAGGAGAAACUUCCUGGCGACAACGUGGGAAAGUCGAAGGUUCAUGAUAGGGUCAUCUCUGAAGGCAACGUCGGAGGAAGGAAGAAAAGGGUAUUCCCUCCUUCUUCUUCGGUAGAUGAGGGUAAAAAGAAGCCGAAGGUGAGAACUAUUACCCUUACCGAGGCGGAUUUCGAGAUCGCCAAGAGGAGGAGGAAAAUCGACUACGACUUCGCCGAGUUCGAUGCCGAAGACGGUGCCUCGAUCGAGCCUCCAGAAGGUAUUCUGGUCUCGGAGCUUCCGUUUAAGCCGAAAGCUGAUAUCGGGGAUCUGGAGAGAGUCACUGCCGACGAGUUCUGUCCUUUGACCCUCGAGGAAGAGGCCACAUGUGGGGAGACCACGAAAUGGCCGUGAAUGGUCAAGGUCGGGAUCAUGGCCAGAGAGUUCGCAAGUAAUGGCCCCCGUGAACUUGCCGAAGUGAGGGAAACGGACGAUCCUAUGAACGUCCAGACUUUUAGAAAUUAUAUACGGUACAACUGUCUCGACUACAUGUCAGAUGGGAGGCUCUCAACGAGGCUUAUACAGCCAACGCUACAGGAUCUUGGAAGAAAAGUGGGACCCUGAAGAGCGACCCAGGGAGUGGCAACGAAUUCGAAAUAGAUGCUCGUCCUAGAGGAAAAUACUCGGACACCCAGAGUCCCACGAAUUCGACUCCGAGGAAAGAGGAAGGUCCUGAAGGGGACCCCGAAGAGAAACUUCCCAGCCACCUUGCGAAGAAGUCGAAGGCCCCGGAUGGAACAGCCUCCGAAUCCAAGGUCUUCGAGUUCAAGGAUGUCGAAGGGGGAAGGAUAUUUUCUACCUCGUCAAUAAAAGAGGGUUAGAAGAAAUAGCAGAAGGUGAAGAGCAUCGCUUUAACCGAGGCGAACUUCGAGACUGCUAAGAGGCGGAGGAAGGUCGACUACGACUUUGCCGAGGGUGACGCUGAAGACGGAGGUUGCCGUUUCAGCCGAGGGGCUGAUAUCGAGGAUCCGAAGAGAGCCACUGCUGAAGAGUACUGUCCUCUGACCCUGGAGGAAGAGGCCGCGUGUGGAGAAACCACGAAAUGGUCGUAAAUGGUCAAGGUCGAGAUCAGGGCCAGAGAGUUCGCGAGUGCGAGUGGCUUGCGGUGAACUUAAAGCGAGAGAAAUGAACGAUCUCAUGAACGACCAGAUUUCUAGAAAUUAUAUAUACAUAUAGUAGGCACAUCUUGAUUACAUGUUUAGAUGAGAGCGUUAGAGAUUUAUGCUAAGCGAUUUAGAAACUGUGAAGAGGUCUCGUAUGAACGGAGACCCCGAGGAAAGUGCAAUUUUCGCCGCGGCGAAGAUGCUCGAGCUACUGCGGGAAUCCUGUAGGAAUUUUCACCACGGCUUCAUAGCUUUUACACGCGUCUAUGAAAUUAGUUUCUUUAAUAUCGGAGAAAGUUUCCCGAGGAGCAUUUAUCUCCUCGAGUCAGCUCGGGAUAAGUAUUUCAAGGGUAAUUCAAGGGAACGUUAUCUCCCGCCGUUCAUGGUAAUUAUUGCAGCUUCGGCAAUUAGCACCGGCAUUUCAGUAACUCCGUUUCGAACUUCCCGUAAUUAUCACUUUUAUCACCGCGACUUGAUAAGGUAACUUCCAAAGUUCUCCCACCUCCCACUGUUCACACCUUCCUUGAAGAGUCCUUUUUUAAUUGCACCGUGAAAAAAAAUAGAAAUGGGUACAUCACUUCUGCACUUGUAAUCAAAUUUUUUAUUAAAUGUAAUCUUUUAGAGAUUGUUGUCCAGAAAUUUCAUUUUCUACGAUUACGUGGCAGGUAUUUUGAAUUCGGGUCCUUAAUGGGGUACAUUUUGGGGGAUGCAAAAUGCGCCAUUAAGAAAUGGUCCGCCACCCAUUUCCCACCCAUGUUUAUAACUUUCUCGUGCGUAUUCACUAGCAAGAGUACUUUCUUUCGGGAAGUGGCUGUAGCUUCGACAUCGGAAUUAAUGGCACCGCUAAGAGCAAAAUGCGUGCUGGUAGAUAAUGAAAAUCCUUACCUUCACCGUUCCACCGAAACGUGACUGCGCAACUAAGCCGAUUUUGCCCUUCGGUGCGCAGCUUUUUUACAAAGAGCCCACGUUGCACAAAAGCUCGCAACAAGAAUGCAAGGAAGAGAGCUUAACACCGAGGAUGGGAACAUUGGAUUUUCAAAGAUCAUCUAACAAUGAAAAGAUACUUCUACAGAAUAGAUGCUGCUAUAACGAUCGUUUAAUAACAACUAAGAGCCUCGGAAAUGCCAUUAUCAAUUUCUUGUAGGUAUUUACUAUCCUGGUAAUAAACGUCAAAACGUUAAGUCAGCUUUUCAUGGGUCGCGAAGAUAUUAACGUAAUUUAGGUUCCAUUUUUCCGAUAGCCGUAAGAACUGUUUCUCUCGAGGUUAAGCAGUGGCCUUCGACUGGCCCUCUGAUCAGCUGAUUUCUCCCAGGACCAGAAAUGGCCUCCAGGCCCGAACUCUACACAUUUCCCAUGCAAGGACAAGCAGAAAAACCUAUAUUUCCCCCGAACACCGUCAAUGCCUUUCAACCAGAACCU